AACCGUUCCCGGUUCUUACAGCUGAGAUGUAAUAACAACAAAAUAUCUAAGGAUUGUACUUUAAUAUACGGCCGCAACUGAUAUUUCGUUAAGUUCUAUCAAAUGAUUGAUUGAUUUUAGGGCCAUGGAGUCGUCAAUAUGUCGUGUUUGUUUGGAGAAUACAGGGAACAUGGUUAAUAUAUUCGAAGCGACCCAGAAAUCGGGGAUCUCCAUUGCGCAGAUGAUUUCCCAGUGGAGUGGCCACCCAGUUGAGAGAGAAGAUCCCUUUCCCAAAACCAUAUGCAUCUUAUGCCUGCAGGAUGCGAAAAAUGCAUACGAGAUGGAGCCAACGGACGAAAGAGGUCACCAGUUGAAGGAUUCUCUGGAGGAGGCCUACGAGGACGGGAGAAUAGCCCAUCAGUACGUUGUCCAACCGAUAAAAGAAGAAGUUCCAAACACUCCAGACAGUGAGGAACCCAAGAAAGACCUCCUAGAAGAUGACUCGUUCUGGGAAAAGUACUGUUGUAUUUCAGAUUCCGAAUUUGACUCUCCCCAAGUGAUAGAGGAUCAUUCUAAGAAGAAAAAUGGUCAUGGUACUAAUAAUAGGAAUGCCAAAAUGACAGACAAUUGUUCCCUUAAGUGUAACUAUUGUUCGUUGACUUUUGACAAGAAAUCAAGACUUCAAGUACAUAUGGAAAACCACGUAGAUAAUCGACCGCACCAGUGUUACCUCUGCUUAAAGGCUUUUAAAACCAGCGAAAUCCUCAAGGUGCAUAUGCGAACCCACACCGGAGAACGACCGUUCCAAUGUUCCCAUUGCCCAAAAUCCUUUACAACUAAUUCAAAUCUUAAGCGACACUUGCGAUCGGUCACAAAGUGCUUUCAAGAAUGAUAUAUACCUUCAGCACCAACUAGAAUCGCAACCACAUGAGGACAACAUAUUGCCACCAAAAUAGAGUAAAUGCGGACACCUCUACUAACCACCUGUGGCUUGCUUUUAUCGGAGCGUAAAUACAUUGUUUGUUGUUUAGUAUAUGUACAAGCCGAGGCAGUAUAAUCAAAGUACAAUUUUUAGAAGUUUAAUUUUGUUUCUCAGAUAUCUAUAUCAUUUCAUUAUGUCUAUAUUUGUCCUGUUGACGUAAAACUCCAUUAUCUAAGAAUUAAUGUUUCUUUACUAGAUCAAAUAAUAUUUAUAGAUCAGUUAAGUAAUUUACAUAAAUAUUUAAUAAUGUCAAUACCAAAUAUUCUAGAAUACUAUAGUAAUAAUAGGAAUAUUAUUUAUUUUUGUAAACCAUUUUUUUUUCUGCAUUGAAAAAGGCUGAUGGAAUUCGUGCCGAUAUCUGUUUUUUGUUUCAUUAUCUAAAUAUAAAAAAUUUUAAAAAUACAUUGACCUUCUUUUGAAACUCCCCUUCAUUGUAUUUGGUAGCAGUUUUUAUUUAAAGGUAUAUAUAAGUAUAUACAACAUGAUUUCAUAAAAUUAGGUACUAGAGUUUCAUAUAAUUAUAGCUAUUAAGUACUAUGUAUAACUCUUCCUCUUCGUCACGCGCAAAAUUUCCAAACCUUUGGAAUAAAUUAAGGGACUAAAAUGUACACAUUAUAAAACAAAAAGAUGACAAAAUAUAGGUUGAAUUGAUUUGCACGUUGCACGUCGUUUUUCCAA